AUGAGGUCAGAGCGUCGGUACAGUGAUCCGAUCAGCUAUGAUCUCAUAGAUCCGAUCAGCCAGACUGACCCCACCUUCAGUGAUAUGCUGCAAAGCCUGGGUAAGUUUACACUGGAUGAUCUGGACAAGAAAGUUGUUGAGGAGCUCAUGGUCGACGAUCCCAAGAGGAAGGUUCGUGUCGCUAGCAGGUUCUGCAGCUUCCACCUGGCCGGAUUCAACCUUGAUGAGGAGUCGACUGCUCAACUUGGGCCACCGUAUGAACCCUCAUUGUCAUCCCCAGUGACGGGGUUGACUAAUUAUGUUACAACAGAUGCACAUUAUAAGCUGGCGAAUUAUUGCACCGACGUUGUUUCCAUUAGGGUUGUCAAAGCUGGUCCAGGGUACAGAUACCCGGUCAAGGUUUAUGGGGAAGUUAUCGCCGGGGAUGAGAUUGACUACAAAUGUGUCCAUCUGUUCAACCGUGAAAGAAAGGAUGCCCAGACUAUCACUUCAGAGAAGGAUAUGUUAGCUCUGACAGGUCCAUGCCGAGCAUUGGUUACAUUAGGUUUUAUGUAUUUCGAGUUCGAUUUAAAGGUCAAUGAUGAGGAUGACCCUGACAAAGUGGUGCAGUUUAGCAAAGGUGUAAUCCCGUAUUAUUGCAAAGCAGAUCGCGAGCGAAUCAUAUUGCAGCUUCCUAGUUUCCAGAGUACAGUGAAAUUGGUAUUGCAACAUGUAGACCUUGCGGUGGCAGCUAGCAUUGAAGUCAGUGUUGUCAAAUAA